AUGUGGGAUUUGGACCCUGACAGUUUGCCAGGUCCAGAUGGCUAUCCUGAUUAUUUCUUCCGUUGCUGUUGGAAUAUUAUAACUGGAGAUUUUGAAAGAACUGUGCGUGAUUUCUUUACUUCUAGAUCAAUGCCACUGGGUAUGAACAACAACUUAUUAGUCUUAAUUCCCAAAAUUAAUGGGGAUAUGUCUCUUGAUAAAUUCAGGCCUCUUUGCAUGGGUAAUUUCUUCUGUAAAGUAAUAUCAAAAAUCCUUGCAACUAGAUUAUCAUUCCUCCCUAGACUAAUCUCAGAAGAACAGAGAUCUUUUCAGAAAGGGAAACUUAUUCAUAACAAUAUUGCCUUGGCAUCCAAGCUAGCGAAUAUUAUGCACUCUUCUAUAAGAGGUGGCAGGUUAGGAGCAAAAAUUGACAUUCAGAAGGCCUUCGACACAAUUUCUUGGGAUUUUAUUCUUAAAGCCCUAAAGAAAUUUGGUUUUUUUGACAUUUGGCUGAAAUGGAUUUCCCAAAUCCUCUCCACUUCCAAAAUUUCCAUUUUGCUAAAUGGAGGUCCAGUUGGUUACUUCGGAGUUGAACGGGGGUCUUUGUCAAGGUGA